UUCUUUUCCGUUAUAACUGUUGGCUCCUGGACCCAACAGUUAUCCUGGUUUCUUACCUGUGCUGCGGAGUCAGCAGUAAGGCUCAACAUGUCCAACGUCAAGGAGCAGCUAAUUCAGAACCUAGUUCCGGAAGAUAAACUUUCCCGGUGUAAGAUUACUGUGGUCGGAGUUGGAAAUGUGGGCAUGGCGUGUGCUAUUAGUAUUUUACUGAAGGGUUUGGCUGAUGAACUUGCCCUUGUUGAUGCUGAUACGAACAAACUGAGGGGAGAGGCACUGGAUCUUCUGCACGGCAGUCUUUUCCUUAGCACUCCAAAAAUCGUCUUUGGAAAAGAUUACAAUGUAUCUGCCAACUCCAAACUGGUUAUUAUCACAGCUGGUGCAAGAAUGGUAUCUGGAGAAACUCGCCUUGACCUGCUCCAACGUAAUGUCGCUAUCAUGAAAGCCAUUGUUCCGGGCAUUGUCCAAAACAGUCCGGACUGUAAAAUAAUUGUUGUCACAAACCCAGUGGAUAUUUUGACAUACGUGGUUUGGAAGAUAAGUGGCUUUCCUGUAGGCCGUGUGAUCGGAAGUGGCUGUAACCUAGACUCAGCACGUUUUCGUUACCUGAUUGGGGAGAAGCUGGGUGUCAACCCUACAAGCUGCCACGGCUGGGUUCUUGGAGAACAUGGGGACUCCAGUGACCAGCCUGAGCUACAAAACCAUUCCCUGUCUGAAACAAGGAUCAAAUGGAUUGAUGCCGGCUAUGAGGUCCUUAACAUGAAGGGCUAUACCUCUUGGGCUAUCGGGCUGUCUGUGACUGAUCUGUCGAGAUCCAUCUUGAAGAAUCUCAGGAGGGUGCAUCCUGUUACCACGCUGGUUAAGGGCUUCCAUGGGAUAAAGGAAGAGGUCUUCCUCAGUAUCCCUUGUGUCUUGGGACAAAGUGGUAUCACAGACUUUGUGAAAGUCAACAUGACCGCUGAGGAGGAGGCUCUCCUCAAGAAGAGUGCAGACACACUCUGGAAUAUGCAGAAGGAUCUGCAGUUAUAAACUCGCCACCUUCAACUGUGUAACAGAUGCCUGAUCACAUCACUGAUCAGGGCAUUCCCACUGAAAGUGUUUCCACAUCAUAACAAAGUUCAAUAAAAUUUUGGAAACCUGUUAAGACCAAUCUCAAGGCUAGAAAGAU